AUGUCUCAGACUCCGAGCUUGGCUGUGCAGCCUGUUGCUGUUGACCACCAGCGACUUUUCUAUGAGCCAGUCGUUCUCGAGUAUGCUCUCCAGAUCGCCUGUCGGGGCGGUCGGGAGGUCUUCAAUGAGACACCCAUCAUGGAGAACGAUUCUCUCACGUCUCAGAAACAAGCCUUUCAUUGCUUCGUUGACAAGCUGGCUCAGGUCUGCGAUAACGAACGUGGUGGUAAGAUGGUUACUGCCGUGGCUGUUCUCAACGGCAGUGACCACACGGAGUUUGUCUUCGCUUCCAACGAGAGAACCGAGGAUGAACUGGCCGAGACCCGUGACUUCGUUCACAGUCUUCUGACUCUGGUGGGACAGAACCCAGCUGGCCUGAAGCCCAAGCCACUCACCAAGCAGGUGCUUUGGAAGAUCUUGCAUUUCAAUAUGCUUCGCUUGAAUGACUACUUGAACAAACUCAUCAAGUAUCUCAACAAGUGCAUCGCUGAUUGCGACAGGCGGCAGUUGACUGGGACCCUCAAAUCGGAGCUUGAGAAGCUGAGGGAGAAGGCAGAUUUCCCCCGAGACUCAGGUGCAGUGCAAGACAAGAUUUUGAGCGACUGCGAGAAACUCAUCAAGGGCGUUGUUGCCAUCAAGAGCAGUCCAAUCGAGGUUGCUAUCAAAGACCACGCCAAGGAUGGGUCCAUCAAUUCUUCUGAAUCUUGGUGUGAACUUCGCCAUUAUCUUGGACGAGUAUUGUCAUUCCGACAGGCAGCCAACGUGAUAGUUGAUGCAAACGAUCGCGACCCGAACAUGUUGAAAUCGUUUAACAUAACCUCGGUUUCUUCGAGCACUCCGGGGCCAAAGCCAAUCGGGAAGUCUCGAUCCUUCACAGCAGUUUCAAUUGUCCACAACAUGAUUUCAGAAGAUGACGAGGAGAAGGAGGACUUCCUGGAGAAGGCCCUCGAAAUGCAAAGGUUUGGGGUUAAUGACAUCAUCUAUGCGCAAAUCAGCAAGCGGUCGUUCAAGCCUCGAGUCCAUGCCGAAAUCCAGGUUCACGAUUAUCUGUUGGAAAAGGGUCUGCAGCAUCCCCGCGAGUAUUGGAACAGUUGGAAGUACAUCGGAAGCAGUAAACCUACCUGCAAGCUCUGCCACUACUACUUCGACUUGCAUCCGGAUAAGGUGUCGGUGAGGAAGCCUCAUUUCAAUCUCUAUCCCAACUGGCGUCUUCCAGGGCUCUUGGAGAGCCAAGAUUCAGAGACUGGUCCCGACCCAAAGAAACUGCGGUUGCUCCAACAGAUCACCGAGAGAAUCCGAGAUGAUGUCAAGACCACAUUAGAAGAGAGAAGGCCUGUGGGCAGAACCCAUGACUCUCUGACUUCCACGACUCGGCCCCCAGGUUUGGUGCAGACGGAUGAAGAUAGUGACAUUAUAUCUAUCAGCGGCCUCGCAAUUCGGCCUCCCACACCCUCUGCCAGACCUCAGAGCAACAGCGGUAGUUCACUUUCGGCUGGAGGUGGCGACGAUCAGGAGAGUACGCAAUGGGAGAACGAAUCAGAGUUCGCAGAGGAAGCCAACGAAGGGGUGCCGGUCAUGGAUGCUUGA